AUGAUGAUUUCCAAUACAAUUGUAAAGUUCCACAGACAUAAAUCAUAUCUACUCAUCGUCAGAAAUGCGAGUGCUACACAAGAUACGAAGUCUAUUCAGCCUCCUAACCCAAGGAGGAUUAGCACAGACAUGGUGGGCCCUCCAGACCCAGUGUCCAAUCUUCGCAAAGUGAUUUUUAGAAUUCCACCUAAUGAAACCAAACUAGAAAAAAGGUACAGAGAAAUGAGAGCUGAAGUUCAGGAAUGGAACCAACAUUUUUGGGAGAAACAUAACUCUACAUUUUAUCAAGAAAGAGAGGAAUACUUAAAGAAGAAUAUGCCAGUUGACAAACAGAACUUAACGGCAGAUGAAAUGAGUGUUUUCUACAAAGCUUUCCUUGACAAAAAUUGGAAACUACACUUAAAUUAUAAUAAAGAAUGGUACAAAAAGAACUUCGCUCUACUAAGGCUAGCAAUAAGAGUAAAAUUAAAUAAACUAUUUAGAUUUAAAGACUAG